GCUAUUUAACCUAUUUUCAUCAAGGGGUCUCUUUGGCCAAAGAGUGACUCUUUGGUGGUUUCUUUUCCUUUAACAGGCUUAGCUGUCCUCCAUUGUGCCUGAUCACUGAGCAGAAAUGCAGAAAUUACUAUCAAGCUAUCCCAUCUGACUGGUGCAUGUUUAUCACCCCCCUUUCCUUCCUUCUCCUUUUCUUUGAUGACAGAUCUGGAAGCAAACCUGUGCAGAGUAAUGGGCAGUGCUGGCCAAGGCCUGACUGCUCUGCCACAUAGCCGAGUCUGCUUUGAGGAUCCUGUGCUGUUUUUGGGCUUGGAGAAAAUACCCGGGGCUCAAAACCCUGACAGCCGGAGCUGGAAGUCCCUUGACAGUCCAAGCCCCCCUGCCACACCUGAGCAAACCCUACCUGCCUUCUGCCUGCAGUACUUUGACAUGCUCUACCCAGAUGACUGCACUUGGGUCCCAAAAGGUCUUGGGGAGAGUCAACAGCCCAACAGCCAAGGAGGGAGGGCAGAGGUGCCCAAAGAACCAGAGCAGUGCCCAAUCAUUGACAGUCAAGGUUUGAGCCUCACACCUGAAAUGGACUACUCAGCCAGCCUUCACCUGGAGGAACACUCCCUGGAGCAAGUGCAAAGUAUGGUGGUGGGCGAAGUCCUCAAGGACAUUGAAACAGCUUGCAAGCUUCUCAAUAUUGCUGCAGACCCAGCAGACUGGAGUCCAGGAAAUGUCCAGAAAUGGAUUUUAUGGACAGAACACCAGUACCGGUUGCCCCAGAUUGGGAAAUCAUUCCAGGAUCUGUCUGGAAAAGAUCUGUGUGCCAUGUCUGAGGAGCAGUUUCGUCAGCGCUCCCCAGCCUGUGGUGAUGUUUUGCAUGCUCAUCUGGAUAUUUGGAAAUCAGCUGCCUGGAUGAAGGAGAAAGCUGCCCCUGGAGAGAUGCAUUAUUGUGGGAAUGAAGAGAACUGGACAGACAGCGAAGUGGAUUCAUCCUGUUCAGGCCAGCCCAUUCACUUAUGGCAGUUUCUAAAGGAGCUUCUGCUGAAGCCACAUAACUAUGGUCGCUUCAUUCGUUGGCUUAAUAAGGAAAAAGGCAUAUUUAAGAUAGAAGAUUCUGCUCAGGUGGCUCGUCUAUGGGGAAUCCGGAAGAACCGGCCUGCCAUGAACUACGACAAGCUGAGCCGCUCUAUUCGACAAUAUUAUAAGAAAGGGAUCAUUAGGAAACCAGAUAUCUCACAGCGCCUUGUCUACCAAUUUGUACAUCCUGUUUGAAAAGCAGAGCAAGUGGAACAAAUUCAGAAACACUGACUACCUUGUGGGCUGGAGGAUAACUGGCAUAGAACCCCCCUUCUCCUCUGCAAUAUUUUAACAUAGAAGAGUUCAAGUGCUGGACAGGAGGCUGGAAACCCAUUUGAUUUGUCCACUGAUCUUUAGAGACGUGUGCUUUGACGAAGUGUGGGAAAAGAGAAACAAAUAUACUUUUUUUCAAGAUAAAAUGGAAAAAGAAGUAACUGCUAUGAAACGAAGUUUUGUGCAUAGGACAUUUUCAUAUACAGUAUAGAUAGAUUUCUGUCUCUCUAGCUCCAUCCUAUGGGAAGCCAAGAGAAUAUGGGGAAUUGGUGGAAAUUGAGGGAGAAUGGUGGUGGGAUUAUUCAGUAGGUGUGUUUCUUCUUUUUCUUUGAAGUUCUUGUAAGAAGCACAGGAACAAUGUUUGUUCAAAGAAGCAAGGGAACAAUUUUUGAAACUUUGCUACAUCUACAUUGUAGAACAAAUCAUAUGAACCAGGUGUUGUCUGGGAACUUUUGGGUUGGUGGACUGUAUUGUUUCUUGUUCCAUAGUUUUGCAUGGAAAUCUUAUAAGCUGCCUUAAUGUUUCCAUCCCCUUAGCUAUCUUUUCCUUUCCAUUAACAAGUAAACUCUCAAGAGUGCACUGUGAGACAAGAAAUCACUUCAGUAAAUUUGGCAUGGCAGGUUGCAAUCUGACUGAUUUGAUCAUUCUUCCGAAAGACCUUUUAAAUCUUGGCACAAUGGUUGGGUGUGUGAUUGAUGUUUUUGGAUAUAAACUAGAAGUAAUUCUUUAGGUUCCAAUAUAAUGUUUUAAAGGAUAAUUCAGAAUUUAUUUGGCAAUACAAUAAUGUGGUCUUGAUGAGAACAGAAUGUGGCUCCCCAGUUUAGCUCAAGAUAACAGGCCAGGUGGUCUAUCCAGGUUUUUUUGUAUUUGCAGACCAGAUACAUUCUCAUAUACAUGGUGAAUGUAAUAGUAGAGCAGUGAUUGCUUCUACUAUUGUUAGUAAAGGGAUGGAGCCGCCCAUUUGCAGUGUAUGAAUCAACCUUACUUGAGAAAAAAGACAAUAGGGCCAUGUACAGCAGCCUUCUGCCAGGGCUCAUGUUGACCCAAGGCUAGAACACUUUGGCUCCUGUGUGCCUUUUGAGGCCAAUUGGCUGAGCAUCUGAGCACUGCUGAGCAAAACAGAGCCAUUGCCAGGCUGUAUAGAAUAAGGUUCUGGCAAACACAGAGGUUACUCUGGGGUACUAACAGUACCUGGCCCCAUGCACUGAUCUCUGAGGAAUGACAACCAUCAUGACAAAGUAGGAUUGCUGCUGUUGUUGACUUUCUCACAAUAUACUACAGGUAGUGGCAGUAGUGCAGUAGCAUGGAGAUGGAAAUUGCCUCCCAACCCCACCAGGUGAUUUGAUUAAUCAUUCUCUGUCUCUCCAACAAUGUCGGCUCCGCACCUAUAAAAUAUGGUCGAACUAUGCCAAAUUAGGCCAGCCGUGGGGACUUUGGAAAGCAAUGGUUCUGAAUGUUAAGAUGAACAAAGUUACCAAGCACAUUGUGGCAUGUGGGGAGGAAAGAGUGAGAGGAGAUGGAUUGUCCACCAGAUCCUCUACAACACAUGUAGAUUUUUUUUUUCACUGGCAGCUUCCUCCUGGGAAAUAAUAGUCAAGGCCAGCAAAGCAUACAGGACAGACUGGAGCUGAUUUUAGUAGGAGAAAGCAAAUGCAACAGUUAUGGGGAAAACAAAUCAUGACGAAGAUAGUCCAAAUAUUUGCGAAAUGUACGUACAGUGGGAAAUGGUUGCAAAGUUUGGAGUUCAGUUUGAAUUUGUAAUAUUGCUAUGCUUUGUUGUUAUAUGCAGUCAAAUCAACUCUGAAAUAUGCUGACUCUUAUCCUAGGAUUAAUAUUAUUUUUGCAAUAUUCAGAAGAGGUUGCCUUUACCUUCGUCUGAAUAUGACCUGGUAUCCCUGUUUCUUUUAGCAUUCAAGAUCAGACAGGAUCUGAUGCCUCCAGAGUAUUAAUACAGAGCACCCUUCCAUUAAUCCAGCUUACUUUCUAUUAUUCCUAGUCCUAGUGUUCUUUUCUGGUCAAUGUUUGAUGUUUGUACUGCUCAACCUUUAAAUAGUUUACAAGCUACUAUAAGGUAGACCUGCCAGCCAGCACAGCAAGUGUUUGAAUAUUGUGAGAAGUGCAAUCUAGUGCAUCUGGGAAGUACCAGUAUUGUGGAGGCUGAUCUAAAUUAGUGAGGGCUUCCAUGCAACUAAUUUCCUCUUCCUCCUUUCCAUUCUUAGCACCCUUUUUUUAAAAAAAAAAAUUAAAAAUAGCUGAGAUGCAAUGGAAAACAAAUUGGUAAAAAUGAUGUACAUGAUGUUAAAGACAAAGUGCACACUAGGCAAUGUUUUGAAAUGCUUUCAUAGUUUUAUGUAAUGCAUCUUAAAUAUAGAAAUUAUAUUCCAAAUAUUCCUCAAUCCAAUUUAGCAGCAAGUCUCCUUUGCAGUCCAGGUAAAAUGCCUCUCAAUAGCUGCCUAUUUUGGCUUUUUCUUUUUCUUGGUUUGUAAAAUAAUUUAUAUUUAAGAAGCUGGUGGUAAGAUUCCUUCUUUGAUAUGGCCCAUGGGAGCAUUUUAUUUGUGUGUAGAAUCAUAUAAUCAUAGUUGGAAGAGACCACAAAGGCCAUCCAGUGCAAUCCCCUGCCAUGCAAGAAUACAUAAUCAAACACUCCCAAUAGAUGGCCAUCCAGCCUCUGCUUAAAAACCUCCAGGGAGAAAAAUCAAUGCUGCCAAUUUUGUUUUGGAAGUAUGCACAAUUGAUAAUCCCCCUAUUUGUAACUUAGAGAUGUACAGAUUGUAGUUUUUCUCGUGUCUUUGUGGUGUAUAACUGGGAAAUGGAUGGGCAAGCAUCUGGUAAACAAAGAAGCUGCCGGUGAGUAUAAUAAAUGCUUGAGCCAAACUGAGCCUAUUAUCUGCCAUAAUAAAAACCAACCAGAUUUUCUUUCUUUA